CACAAACUACAACAAGGCAAAACAAAAAAGGCCAAUGUCGAGCUUGGAAACGCCUGCGCUGCUUGUGGAUGGUGUUGCUGUGCGCAGUGAUGCUGAUGAGGUGUCCAGUGCGGACGAAGACAAGCAAGUGGAGCAGCAGGCCGCAGGUACCGCAACAACAACAACAACAACAACAACAACAGGGCCAGCCGCAGUAGUCGCUGCAGAAACUGCAGUGCCGCAAGAGGACAACGGCAGAACAGAGCACGCUGGUGCAAUCGAGAUCAUCGAAGGCGCGGAGGGACAAGACGAGGACUACAGAGUCAUGGAGAUGGACGCGUUUGCUCGCUCCAACGACAACAGCGCUUCAACUUCAGCAGCGCGCACGAAAUGGGUUCCCUUUGGCCCCAACGGUGAGCCGCAGCUUCCUCGACGCGCCUCAUCCCUCAACAACCUGGAGUUGGCAGUGCAAACACUGCAGUUGCCACCGCGCAGACCGGGACCCGUGAGAACCAAGAGCCUCGACACGCUACGAGUGCAUAGUGAAGAGCGACACGACUUGGACAUUGAUACGCUGAAGGAAUUGAUCAAGGCGCUGUCGAUACAGAACGCGGUAUUGCGGAGCCGCAACAACACACUGCGACAGCAAGUGGAACGAGUCAAGCAACGGAGAAUAGCGAUGCAAGCACAGCUGUCACGGGAGCAGGAGAAAGAGAAACCGCACGCACAAGGGAAGCAGACAGGGAAAGAGCAGGCAUCGUGAGGUGCAUGUGUGCACAUGAGAGAUGCGUGGAUUUGGUUUAUGCACUGCACACAGUCGAGGAGAGGGUUGUACCCUGCAUGUGUGUUGUGUGACCCUGAAUGUAACGUGCUGGUAGCUGCUUGAAGCUUUGUCGCACAUCAAUGUCGGUGGUCUCUGCACACGGUUUUGUCGUUACAUUAUGUUACACGCUGUGUUUGGUCUGUUGCUCUGACAUGGUGCAUCAUGUUACGUCUGUUGUACUGGCCUCCCUUUGUUACUUUAACCUGCCCCAAUGAUGUACACAAAUACAUAUGCAUGCACAAC